AAGGAAUGCAUCAGUUUUUGUGUGUCAGCUGUCUUUAAUCUAAUGGAUCACAAACAUUCUUGGUGUGAAAUGGACUCGAUCAAGCUAUAGCCCUUCUGAAGAUACACAGCAUAGAGUGGCAAAAAGGAAAGGGACUGGGUGAAAAAGAAAGAAAAGGGUCCAACUUUUUCUUUUUUUCAUUUUCUUUCCUUCCUCACCUCUCUCUCUUUCAUUGAUUCCCUCUUCAAUCUGAAGUCAUUUACACAAUUCAACACUCAAAGCAUUGAACCAGAACAUAGAAAUACCCAUAGCUUUAACCCUUUGCAGAGGUGAAGAAUUUUUCUUCAUACUGAGCUGCUAUUCUGCUUUGGCUUGAAAGUCUUUUUUUGUUUGUUUGUUUGAUGGUGAGAUAGUUUGUCUGUUCAGUUUGAGAUUUUUCAGAUUUUUGAGAAGUAAAGUUGCGAUAAAGCUAGAAAGGGGGGAUAAGAAGAAGAAGAAGAAAUGGGUGUUCAACUGCAAGAUAUUGGAGUUCAAAUGAGGAAAGUUUUGAUCUUUUCAACUAGGGCAUGUUAUAAAUUUGUUUGCAAUCAUCCAAUCCUAGUGGGUUUGCUUUGUUUUUUGGCAUUACUGUACAGAUCAUUUCCUUUUGUGUUUUCUGUAUUGUUGUCUCUAUCUCCUGUUCUUGUAUGCACUGCUGUUCUCCUUGGCACUUUAUUAAGUUUUGGCCAACCAAACAUACCUGAGAUUGAAAGGGAAGAGAAAACAGUUCAUGAUAUAGUAGUGCCUCUGAAAACUGGGGUUUUGCUAGAUGCUACUGUGGUUGAGAAGGAUGAUGAGAGCUAUUCUGUGGAUAGAUACACCACCAAAGAGACGGAUACGGUGGAUCAGUUGAUUGAGGAGCUGGGUUUGGGUGUUAAUAAACUUUGCGAGGUUGAAAGGGGUGAUAGUUUUGGUGAUGAUGCACCACUUCUUGGAAACAAAUCUCGGGAAAUUGAAUUGGAGAGUAGGAUGUUUUUGGAAGGAGGAAGAGAGUUGUACGAUUUGGGAUCUGAGCAGAAGAAUGAAAAGAUUGAGGAGAGGCUUGAUGAUGGGGAAACUUUAGAUCAUCAGUACUCUCCACUUCCUAAUGUGGAUGAUGAGAAUCUUGAAUUUGAUAAUGCAAAAUCUGUUGAUUCCUUUGACUCUAGGACGGUGAAUAUUGGUUCUCCUGUUAUAGAUAGGGAGAUUUUAGAUCGCCAGUACUCUCCAAUUCUUAACUUGGAUGAUGAAAAUCUUGAAUUUGAUAAUGAUAAGUCUGUGGAUUCCUUCGACUCUAAAAUGGUGAAUGUUGAUUCUCCUCCUGGUUCGCCAUUGAAACAAGAGGAGGAGGAGGAGGAGGAAGAAGAUGAUGAUGAGAGUUUGGAUUCAGGUUCAGAUAGAGCAGAGAGCUCCUCCCCAGAUGCUUCAAUGGCUGACAUUAUCCCGAUGCUUGAUGAGCUUCACCCUCUUUUAGAUGAAGACACUCCACAACCGAUUAAUCUGUUGCAUGAUGGUUCUGAUGCUGCUUCAGAGCGUUCAAAAUCUUGUGAAAGUGAUCAGGAGUCUGAUGAUGGGACUGAAAACCAAGAAGUAGAAGCUGCAGGUGAUGAGAAAGAAACAACUAAAGACAAACAAGAACGAACAGAAUCUGCAAUUAAAUGGACAGAGGAGGACCAGAAGAAUCUCAUGGACCUGGGAAGCUCGGAGCUUGAAAGGAACCAACGGUUGGAAAGCCUCAUUGCCAGGAGAAGAGCUCGGAAGAGCAUGAGGACAAUGGUUGAAAGGAAUUUGAUUGAUUUAGAAAGUUUCGAUCUUCCAUUCAAUAUUGCUCCCAUUUCAACUGCACGGAAUAAUCCUUUUGAUCUUCCUGGUGAUCUUCCUGGACUGCCACCAAUUCCUGGCUCUGCUCCAUCCAUUUUACAACCUAGGAGAAACCCUUUCGAUCUUCCUUAUGACUCAAGUGAAGAGAAGCCCGAUCUUAAGGAAGACAGUUUCCAACAAGAGUUCAAGACGUUUCCCAAAGAGUCAUUCUUCAGACGCCAUGAAAGUUUUAAUGUACGCCCAUCAUUAUUUGGUCCAAGUCGGCAUGAGAAAAAGGAUAUCCUCUUGAGACCUUAUUUUGUUCCAGAAGAAAUGGAUUCAGAAGGAUCAAGCUACUCACGGUUUCAAAGACAAUCAAGUGAACUUAGUGACUCAAGAGUAAGUUCUAUUCCUGAAACUGAGUCAGUGGCCUCGGCUAUUGAUCUGGAAGACAAGAGCCUCAUUAAAGAAGAAACAGAAGACAAGAACCUUAGUGAUGAAGAUCUGGUGAACAAAGACCUAAUUUACAAGCAUAGCUCCGAGGAUCAAGCUCUGAUAUCUGGGGAGGAGGAGCAUACUUCCAGGGAUGUCGGACAUGGAAGCCAAUCUUCUGAGGUGAAAUGGGAGAGUGAGGAAAAUCAUCACAGAGUGGAACCAAGUUUGAUGCAGGAAGGAUAUGUUGCCAAAGCUUUGGAUCUCACUGUAACAGAAAUUCAUUCAAAACCAGAAUCUUUAGAACGGCAUAGUAGUCACUCAAGCUCCUCAUCGCUUUCAGAAGAAGGUGAAAAGAUAUUUGAUGAGAGUGAAACCCAUUGGCUAUCGGGUUUGGGAGAAAGAAGGGAUCAUUCUGAAAGUGUUAUUUCAAGAGAGGCUUCAUUAGGAGGGGCAGAUUUUGAUAUCAGAGGCACUUCUGUAGAUGAGAAUCAAUACUGGGAGCCUGUUUAUGAUUUAAGUCCCACUCCACUCAAAGAAAUUUCUUCAUCCUCAGUUGCUCCAGAUGUGCAUGUGGAGUCUGAUAUGGGUUUAUCAUCAGUAUUAGUCGAUAGAACCCUUUCUCCUCCUGAAAUGGAAGCUGUGGAGAGUGGCCAGGAAAUCGAAAACUCACAACCAGGAGAAGAAGAUGAAUUGAUAUCAGAGGAUGCUAUGCUUUUAAAGAAUACUGAAGUUUCAAAUUUGGAGUCAUCUGAAAACUGUGAAGUCUCGUUUUCUGGUGUUCCAGUAGUGACCGAAGGUGUUGUCAGAGAGGAUUCCCUGGACUCAAAAGCAUCUGUUAACACUUCUGCUGAUCAAAAUAUUCUAGAUCAAGGUAUAGAUCUGUUUGAAAACGAAGAACAUUCUUCAACUGCCGUUCAGGUUUCACUUGUUCAACCUUAUACAAAUUUUGAGAAUCCAUUGCUGGGGGAUAAUCAAAUUGACAUGGAAGUAGCGGGUAUUCAUCUGGAGCACAAUGGCGUUCACUUAUCAAAUCUUGAUCCUCUUAGUGAGGGGCCAAUUUCUCCACAAUAUCAAUGUAGCUCUACAGAAAAAUCAUUUUCUCAAUCUGACAAAGAGUUGCCGCCAUUGGAUUGCAAAGACCACUCAGAAAUGCAGGAGCCACCACUUAUCGUGAUGGAAUCAGUUGAAGAGGCAAGCAGCAUGGGCCAAUUAAAUGUCUUAGGAUUCAGAGGUCUCGACUGUGAGGCUCAACCAAUCACUGCCGCUCCCUCAUCUCCUCCAUUUGCUUCGAUACUCCACAAGGUUGAUGAAGUGCAAAAUGAGAACCAUAUUGAUGCCUCGAAAAGCCACCAGUUUUUCACGGAAGCAAUUGAGUUUCGUGAAAAUGUGCAAUAUAUAGUUGAAGACACGGAUGGCAUCGAGGAAAUUGAUGAAGGGAUACUAUCUGAAUUAGAUGCAGUUGGCGACUUCAGCAUCAACGAAUCAAUUUCGAGCUUGAAUGAGUUUGACAGUGGCAUCGAUUCCAGUGGAGUAAGUGUUCCUGUUGUACAUAAUGGUGGCUCUUUUGAUCCAUUGUUUCUUGAAGAGGACUCCAUAUAUGUUCAUGGAAAGAUAUUUGCCGAGCAGUCUGAGAACCUAAAUGCAUCUAUGGAUGAACAGGUAUACAAAAAUGAAGAGAAAACUCCUGGCAUAAGCCUUAAGGAAGAUGUUGAUUCAUCUAGCACUGGAUUUGCCGAAAGAGAAUUCCAGGAAUCAUGGGAUCGUGAAUCAGCAAAAGAAGAGCCAUUGCUGACGGGCAAUGAUUGGGAACCUCACAGGGUCAAUCUUGAUUCAAAUACCGAGGAAACCAACCCUGGAAUGCCUCUAGUUGAAGCUCAAUCGCUGGAAGAUUUAGAAUCUAUUUAUGAGCAAGCCAUAUUAGAAUCCGUGGAACCUCAAGAAGUUCAGUUGCUUCAAAAUUCAAACACAGAAGAUAUCAGCCCAGGAUUGCCUUUAGUUGAAGCAAGUUCGGUGAAAGAUUUAGAAGCUAUUUAUGAGCAAGCCAAAUUGAGCUCCAUGGAAACCAAGGUGGGGCUUGGACCGUCCGAGUUGAAUCAAAAUUCAAAUACUGAAGAUGCUGACCCUGGAAUGCCUUUAGUUGAAGCAAACUCAUUGAAAGAUUUAGAAUCUAUUUAUGAGCAAGCCAUAUUGGACUCCAUGGAGACCAAUUUGGUUCUUGAGCUGUCCGAGUUGAAUCAAAAUUCAAAUGCUGAAGAUUCUGACCCUGAAAUGCCUUUGCUUGAAGCAAGCUCGGUGAGAGAUUUAGAAUCUAUUUACGAGCAAGCCAAAUCGAACUCCUUGGAGACCGAGGUGGUGCCUGGGCUGUCUGAGUUACCUCAAGAAGUUCGGUUGGAAGAAGCGGAUACAGAUUCUGGAAUGCCAGUAGUUGUAGCACAAAGCAUUGAAGAUCUUGACUCUGCUUUCCGGCAAAUAGACAGUAAAGAAAGUGAGAAACACGAUCUUCUUGAUCCUUCUCAUACUGAUUCUGGAAUGCCAUUACCUGAAGUGCAGAGUAUUCAAGAUACUGGCUCAGGAUUUGAUCAAAUAGGGGCCUCUGGCGAAUCUGAGAAUUCUAAGAAUGUGAAACUGCAAGAACAUUCAAGUUUGAUAGAGAACGAGAUCAAAUUCGAAGCUAGAUCCACUGAAGAUACUAAUUCAGAUCAUUUUCAACUCCAUGAAAGCGAUGCUGAGAGACACAUUCUUCGCGAUUCUCUUGUUGGGGAUGCAGAUGCACUCGAGUCAUUGCACGUGGGAGCCCCCUCCCAUGACUCGGCCUUAAAGCAAGAAACAGAAGAGAAACCAAUGAAGUCUUCGAGUUCGAGUUCUCAAGAUGCAUUAGUUGAAGCCACACAUAACGUUGAAGUAGGGGACUCAUCCAAGGGUACAUCAAGUGUUAAAGAUCAUGAUUUACCAGAAGAUGGCAAUGGCGGUACUAAAAAGCUGAACUUUGAAGUCGAUAAGUCUGAAGAUUCGGACUUUACAACAUCUGCUGAAAAGGGUGAUCAAGAAACUCCUGAAGGUGAUAGUUCAAGUGCAAUGGAUGUCAAAGCCAAGAAAGAGGAGUCCCCAGGUGACUCUCAUAAGGAAUGAGAAAUGGUAAUGAAUCUUUCUGGGUAAAUGGAAGAGUGAAGUUUGAUUUUUUUUUAUUUUUUUUUUUUCAUUUUAUAUAGGCUAGUCUCUUAAUUUGUUGAUUUUUUGUGUUCUGUUCAAUGGUGCUUGGGGUAGUUUGGCUGUUUUGGAGUGAGUUCUUCCAAGAUCCAAUUUCCAUUUGAUUUUUUUUUUUUAAUUAUUUGUAUGGCGAUUUUUGAGAGGAAAGUUGAUUUGAUUUGGUGCUGUAUACAGUAUACUGUUAAUUUUAAUGUAAAGUGAGUGUUUGAGUAUUGAAAAUUUUGUUUUGUUU